AUGUCAUUGGAUUUAGGUAAUCUCUGUCCAACUGGACACGUCUGCUAUCCAAACAGUACGGCACCGAACGCAAUGUGCUAUCAAAGUUGCGGUGGUACUGGCACACCAGUAGGUGGUUCAAUAAAUGGUCUAUGUCCGGCUGGUUCCAUACUCACAUUUGGCGAAUGCUGCAGGAGAAAUUCAUAUCGAGAAGCUUUCUUCGGUACACCUCUUUAUGACUAUACGCCAAGUGUGAUGAAGGCAAAUGUGCUCGGAACUUGUAUGAACGGAUCACCGAUCAUCAGCGGUUGCAUUAAGGGAGUGUGUGGCGCGGGUCUGGACUGCAUCAAUGACGUUUGCUGUGCAUCAAACAGGAACAGUCAAAACGCUAUUGCAUUUUCACCACAAUCAACGCGACCAAUUGGUGUCAAAUGUGAAAUGCCUCAACAAUGUGUUGGUUUCAAUGAAGGUUUAUCAACUUGCGAUAUGGGCAGAUGUAAGUGCCAGCCAUACGCAUACACGCAGGGCAUGGCUUGUGCUCGGAGGAAGUCAUUCAGUCAGUCAUUUUUU